GACCUUUUAUCGUAACUUUAACAUUCUUGGCUUGUAAAGAUGGUGAAUUUUGGAAAAAUAAGGAUAUUGGUAAAACGUAUGAUUUUUUUAAACCCGGUGUUACAAGAUUUGAUAAUACAGAUAACGAUAUACAAAAAGUUCAGAAUUUUUGUGUAUGUGAACCGUACGAAUACACUUUUAAAAUACCAAUAUACACGGCCCAUGAUGGGUCACAAGAACUUAGAAAAGAUCCUGGAAUGCCAUUUUGCUUACCUGGAAAACCCACAUCAGAUGGAAUUCUUUCUUUUGGUUGUGAUAAACAAAAAGGUGGAUUCAGUCUGAAUAUCGCUUGGAUAGUGACAGUAACUGUGGAUCCUUCAGCCUUGCAAGAAAAAAUUGAUAAUACACUCUUGGCUAAUGCAACUACAAACAAAGAUGAACCUAUCAAUUUAGAAGAUGCAUUAUUUUUUGGAAUAGAACAAAGUAAAACUGUUUUUUUACCAGGAUUAUUUUUAAUCGUUGAAUAUAGUAUUGCUUUAUUUGGAUAUAAUACCGAUAUGGAUAACCUACAAAAUCUCAGAUUAACUAGUGGUGCUGCAUUACAACAGCUUAUCAAUACUAUAAAAGCAAAUAACCCUGUUCCUUCUCAACUUAAUGAAUCUGUUCUAACACCCACCCCAACCGAAAUAAUAAUUUAA